UUUUUAUGACCGAGGAGCUGAGAGAGAGAAAAGACAACAAAGUCCCGUGAUUUGUCACAUCAUACAGCUCAGAAGCAAUGGGACUUCAAACUACUUUUAAAUUAUUUAUUAUAUUAGUGUUACUUGGAAUAUCAAGUAAUGUCAAGGCGCAGUUUGAAGAUGUACGGUGCAAAUGUGUCUGUCCACCAAGCUUUCAUUCCAAUCACACAGUUGAUGUUAAAGUUGUAAAUGUUGAACCUGAAGAUUGUACCUGUGUAAAUAUAAUGCAUAGAGACAUUACAGAUUGUGCAAGUUGCGAGUGCAAACAUGAAAACAGAAACACCAUAACGAUAGAGGUUGUGGUAAUCUUCAUCCUAGCGCUGUUAGGUGUACUGCUCGUCUACAUGAUAGUGCUGAUAAUAAAUGACCCAUCCAUCCUCAAAACUGCACCAGACCAGCCUCAGUUUCACCUCUACCAGGGUGCAAGGCCAAAAGAAUCAACUGCCAGUUACUUAGAACGAAUGGAAUCAGCACAGAAGAGAUGGAAGAGGCAGGUGAAGGAGCAACGCCAGAACAUUUAUCAAAGACACAACCUUCUCAGUUAACUUAACAAUUAAAUCAAUUUCUAUUAAUUAAUAUUGCUGAUUAAUUUGGGUUUUUCUUUUCUUCUUUUUUUUGUUAGCCACCAGCUUAAUGAAAAUAAAUGUUUUUUUCAUGGGUUGGCUUUAAAGGUGUUAAUUUAAAACAGCUUUACUCAAAUAUUUGGCUGACAACCAAAAUUGACAUCCUGCCAUUUACUGUAGCUACGUCUUACUUCUCAGAUGUUGGUCCACACUAUAAUGUUGCGAGUUUUGGGUGGGGGUUUAAAAAAUCCAUUUGGUUCACAAAAGAACUGCGGUUAAAUGGGUAGAAUUAGGGGUUUCAAAAUAUUUUUUAAAUAAGUACUUUAAGAUGUUUUCCACAAAUGAUCGAAAAACAGUAAUCGGCAAUUCCUACUCUGAUUGGGCAACCUGUAUUGCACAAGUUCUACUGUAAAAUUCCAACUUAUUUCUAUACAUACAUACAUAUAUAUAUAUAUAUAUAUAUAUAUAUAUAUUUUCUGUAUAUCCAUUAAAAAAGUCCCGACUUCCACAUUCAUGUAGUUAGAAAUGACAUAAGGAACUUGAUAAGCAAAAUAAAGUACCUCUAGCUUCUUCCUGUAUCAGGAACACUCUUUGGAAGACUCCUGUCUGAUACUUUACAAAUUUAGCCCAAUUCCUAUGUAGUCUUGCAAGCAGUGAUUCUAUCGUACAUUACAAGAUCAAUUGUAAAUGCUUGCCCUAUUAAUUAAUAGGGUAUUCAAUAAAAAACAAGAAAACAUGUGCCAUGUAAGUAAGUGUGGCAAUAACCAUAUCUUUUCUAAUUUAUAUUGCCAAAAUAUUUUAUGAUAACAGCACAUCAACAAAUAAUGAUAACUGUGCAUCAGAAGGUUUUGUACAAUUUUUGUAUACAACUUUUUUUUUUCCGAUUGACCAAAUUUUGGGUCACAGCAAAUGCAAUAGCUUGAGAAUUUUUUGAUAUGUUGUACAACUAAUUUUUCUAAGACUCAAAAAGAGUGUUUGACAAAAAACUUGAUAACGGUAAAUGAGAUACAGAUUUUUGAAUAUUAAAAAAACUGGGAGAAAGGGGGCGUAACCACCCAUAGUGCAACAUCCUAGUCUUCAGGUAGUUAUAAAACAAGAAUAGAUAAUGCAGGGGGUUCUUAAGGUCUAUUUUCCAAUAUUUGUUUUAUAUGAUGAACAUAAUAAAAAGUUUUAUAUAGUAGGGGUUAAGUGUAGGAGAAUAACCCAUUGCUGUACUCACAGCUUCGUUGUGCUGAAUUGCGUAUGGGUGUGGUCUUGUCGUAAAGAAGUGCUUAUACUGUAGUAGUUUCAUGUUCACAUCAUUCUACAAUUACAGGGGCUGAAAUGUACUAUAAUUUCCAGUUUUUUGGACAAUAAAGAAAUCUGUAUCUGUACUCAUAUCUCUCCCCCCCCCUAAUUUUCCAAAAGAUGCAAUGGGUUUUUAAAGUGUACAUGAGCCAGACAUGUACACUGGACCUCCAUUUUAUACCCUUAUCCAAGAAGACUUGGUUGUAUUUCUGCCAUGAGGAGUGGCUCAAACCAGCGUCGAUGUGAAAUGCUGUAGUUAGAGGCGCUGUUGCCUUAUCGCUCAGCCACUCGACUAGAAUCCUAACUGAUGGCCCACUUUUGUUAAAAACAGAAAAAUGUUUAAUGUGUUAGUAUGAGAUUGGCAUUUUCAUAGGUCUAAACUGACAUAAAAUCCUUAAAAUUGUCCUUAAAAUUUGGUGUCUCAUCUCUAACCAUAGAGGGGCCGGGGGGAUAUGAGCUCUUAUUCCUGUUUCCAGAGUGUUAAAAACAUGACAACAGUGCAAGCCUAGUUGUGUGCAGCUUGAUCAGCACCAGACUAGUUUCAUUCCAAAAUCAUUUAUAUCAACAUUCCCUAAACUAGGAUAUGCGUUCCAAAUUCAAGAUGCCCCAAAAACCACAAAGGGCCCUGACAUUUUGAGAAGUUACCUUCUGUUUGAUCUUAUACUCAAGUUAUUGAACCAAUUAAUAACAAAAUAUUGUAAUGGAAACAGAUUGUACAUCAUAUUGCAUUCUCUGCAACUUGCAAAAUUUGCCAACUUAUUUAAAGCAAAACAUACUGAUACUUCCCACUUAUUGGACUAUGAUUUUGAACGUUUUGUUCUGAUAAUUGUGUUGACUUGAGAACUCAAAUAAUCUGGUCGCUUUCAGUGUUGACUCAAGUUGAUAUUUUGAAAAACGUCUGUUUUUGUAUCUCAUUGUACUUCGCACACGAAACACCGGAAGCCCAAAAAAUUAUGACUUGAUCUAAAGACUAUCCUAAAUAUAUUUAAUGCCAUAAUUUUGCACAAAAAAUGUUUUGUCUUUUAAGGUUGAGCUUAAAAUUUAACAUUUUAAAAACGUUUCAAAGUUGCUGAGAUGCGUAUUGACUCUCACGUCUGUUCCAGUUGUGUUUUUUAAAUAAAUGUGUAUACAAUGUACGGUAUUUCAGUGACGUUCAAAAUGCUUAUGGUGAAAUUAGCUUAGUCUUUGGAAUAGGGUAUCCAUCCAAGUGGUUGGUAGUAAAUGGAUUGGACACAGUUAAAUAUUUGAAAUAUUUAUUAAAUCCAGUUUAAAGGUUUGUGGAACGUUCAUUGUUGUAAUUAUUGUUAUUGCUAUUAUUGAUAAUAAUAUAUUUUUUUUUAUAUACUAUACUAUAUAUAUAAAUAUAUAUAUUUAUAUUGUAUAUAUAUAUAUAUAUAUGUAUAUAUAUAUUUAUUUAUUAUCGUUAAUGUGUCUUUUGUACUAAUGUGUAAUGUAUUAUAGUUUCAAUAUUUUAUCAGAUUUUAUCUUCAUUCCAAUGUGUGUCAAUCCGAAACAAAUGUCAUGAUUAGAAAUGUAUUUCCAAACUAAACAUUUGAUGGGCCUAUACUGUAUUGCAAAUUAUUUGAAACUUAGGUUAUGAAUUGAAUUUUCAAGCGUAUUUGGCAUGAAACAACAAUGUUUUCUUCAUACUUUAAGUGCAAUAGUAAGGUUUAAAAAUAAUCAAGAACAUGAUGUUUCUAUGUAUAAAAAAUGAUUAGUAAUUACCUCAUGUUCUUGGAUCAGGUUAAAUGUGAAUUAGAAGUGAAUUCUGCAGAAAGGCAACACCAUUUAUAAGCUAGUUUAAUCCUACAAUUGAUGACGUAGAUAUAAAAAGUGAUAUGCAUUGACAAACUUCCAUAAUAUGUUUUAACAGUUAAACUGAUUUAGGGACAAUGAGAGGUACUGUAGCAGUUUAUGUACUUUGUUAUCGGAUUGUAUAAAGUUUACCUUAACUUGGAGUAGAGCGAGUGAUACGUACAUACAAUAAAUUUGGCAAAUUUGUAGCAUUA